UCAUUGACAGUGCAACGUACGUGUAUUAAAACAGAUACAAAAUAGGCAUCGGUGGAUGUCAAUGAAUGAAUGCACACGUCAACUCUAUUAUCCGAGUUUAAGAGUGGUUUCCGCUAUGAACUGAACGUCGAUGAAGACUGUUUUAAUGAGGUGUGACUGGGUAAGUGAGUGAAGAACGUGACGUGAAGCGUGUUCGGCGGUGCCGUGGCUGCAGAUCUGGGUGGUCCCAUGAGACGCGUCGGCUCCGGGAUCCUGGCACUGUGCCAUCAUGGCCUGUAAACAACAACUGCGUCAAGUUGAAGUGAACUGCAUCUGAGCGUCGGCCUUCCGUCUGGCGCCGAUUGAAGCGCGACUCACACCCGCACCGAGUUCCCAAAGAUGCCCGGAUGGUGAUUGUGACUGACGUCCAUCAGGCGGGACACCAUCCUCUCUGUUGGGUAGUUUACUAGCCAUGUCAGCUCAGCAGCCCAACAGCUCAGCCUCCAACAGCCCCACCACCAUCCUUGGCUCUCCGUUCUCAGUCAUCAGUCCGGCUCUCACCUCCCCAGUGGUCUCACCUUCCCUUGGAUUCGGACCUAUUACUAACAGUCAGAUCUCUUCUUCAGCACCCAUAUCAGGGAUGCAUUCAAUCAGCAGCUCAGAGGACAUCAAGCCUCCGUUUGGCCUGAGGCCCAUGCCGGCUCACAGUCCUGGAAUAAUGUUGUCCCAGAAGCGCCUGUGUGUCAUCUGCGGUGAUCGCUCCUCUGGUAAGCACUACGGGGUCUACAGCUGUGAGGGCUGCAAAGGUUUCUUCAAGCGGACAGUGCGCAAAGACCUCAGCUACACCUGCAGGGAUAACAAGGAGUGCCUGGUCGACAAACGCCAGCGCAAUCGCUGCCAGUACUGCCGCUACCAGAAGUGCCUGGCCAUGGGCAUGAAGAGAGAAGUGAUCAGACAUGUACGCUGGUUGAACCAAGAUGGAACAGAUGAGGGAUGGAUGACGGUCCAGGAGGAGCGCCAGCGGAACCGCGAGCGUGAGGGGGAGCUGGAGUUCAGCGUGGGGAUCAACGACGAGAUGCCGGUGGAGAAGAUUCUGGAGGCUGAGACGGCUGUGGAGCUGAAGACUGAGCUGUACUCUGAUGGAGGCUCAGCCGGCAACUCGCCCCACGAUGCCGUCACCAACAUCUGCCAGACGGCUGACAAGCAGCUCUUUGCUCUGGUGGAGUGGGCCAAGAGGAUCCCUCACUUCUCCGAGCUGCCGCUGGACGACCAGGUCAUUCUGCUGCGCGCAGGGUGGAACGAGCUCCUCAUCGCCUCCUUCUCCCAUCGCUCCAUCGCUGUGAAGGAUGGAGUUCUGCUGGCCUCCGAGCUGCAGCGGGACGGAGCGCACAGCGCCGGGGUCGGCGCCAUCUUUGACCGGGAGAACGUGCAGAGCGCGGAAGUGGGUGCCAUAUUCGACCGCGUCCUCACCGAACUGGUCAACAAAAUGAGAGAUAUGCAAAUGGACAAGACGGAGCUGGGCUGCCUGCGAGCCAUCGUCCUCUUCAACCCAGAUGCCAAAGGUCUGUCCAACACCAGCGAGGUGGAGAUCCUGAGGGAGAAGGUCUAUGCAUCUUUGGAAGCCUACUGCAAACAGAAGUACCCGGAGCAGCAGGGCAGGUUCGCCAAGCUCCUCCUCCGACUGCCAGCGCUGCGAUCCAUCGGCUUGAAGUGCUUGGAGCACCUGUUCUUCUUCAAGCUGAUCGGCGACACGCCUAUUGACACUUUCCUGAUGGAAAUGCUUGAAGCUCCUCACCAGCUGUCCUAGACAGGCUGGCUGCUCUGUGGCGUCGGUGCAGACGGCUGACGCUCUGUUCUGAGGGUCUGGCUCCCACCUGCUCUUCAGACCCAACCCAGGCUUGCCGUCAUCUCCAAGCUGGUGCUACAUGUUCCCCGUCACGUCCUGAGUAACUCUGGUUAUUAAAAGAAACACGCAGGUAUUUUUGAAGACAUUUACGUAUUUCCCGAGCCGGAGCCGUCAUUUGGGUAUGCAAUUUUCUACCAGCUUUUUUGACUGGAGCGUAGAACUCGUGACUAAACUCAUAUUUUUCCACGCCACCGGCGCACGCGCGCGCUCGUGUCGUCUGCUUCUUUGAUCUCUUCACUUGGUGGUUCACUCGACUGCACCGCACUCGCCGCCGUCUCUCCCCGAAACGUUUGGUGCUACUUCCGAGAAGACGAUUGGACCUUUGGCCGCACCCAAGCCCGCGUGCAAGCGCGUGAACCCCCUCUGUUUCAGGCUUGUUUUGAAAUGUAGCAAUAUGAAAAGGCCCUCGAGCUUUGAAGGGCCAAACUCCAUUUAGUGAUUCUGGGCUGCGACUCCACGGUACUGUGCAACUUCACCCUGCAGGGGCGGUCGGAUCAGGUUGGACGGGCUUCACUUGGUGGCCCCUGUCUCUUGGGUUUCAGCUGGGUUUGAAGCAGGACACGUCUUGGGUUGCACCGGAUCGGCUUUUUAUCUUCGGUUCCCCCCUCCUCCCCCCGUCCCCCCCCCCCUUUCCCCCACACGGUAGCUGUCUUGUUCAGUGUAACGUCUCUGCGGUUUAUUCAAGUUAAGCAUCAUAUUCACCUUUAGCUCCAUGACGCCUGUGGAAGACUAGGAACCUGAGCGAGAGGCCGCGUCCCAUCCUGCCUCCCGCUGCUCUUGAACAUGAAUCGACUUGAAGCAUGGGUUGUGUGGACUAAAAUAAACAAGGCUUAAGUUUU